AUGGGUUGUUUAUUAUCUGGUCGUAGUGUUGGGGUUUUAAUUCUCUUGUUUGUGUUUGUUGUGGAAAGUUAUGUGGUGUUUGGUGAUGAUGUUACGAGGGGAGUUGAAGAUGAUGAAAAGUUUCUAUUUAAGCAUCGUCGUUUUGGUGAUCGUUUUGGUGGGUUUAAACAUGGUGCAGGUCUUGGUGUUGGUGGAGGAGCUGGUGGUGGUCUAGGUGGAGGUGCGGGUGGUGGAGGUGGUCUUGGAGGAGGAGCUGGUGGUGGUCUAGGUGGAGGAGGUGGUCUUGGUGGUGGUGCUGGUGGUGGUCUUGGAGGAGGAGCUGGUGGUGGUCUAGGCGGAGGAGGUGGUCUUGGUGGUGGUGCAGGUGGUGGUCUAGGCGGAGGAGGUGGUCUUGGUGGUGGUGCAGGUGGUGGUCUAGGCGGAGGAGGUGGUCUUGGUGGUGGUGCUGGUGGUGGUCUAGGCGGAGGAGGUGGUCUUGGUGGUGGUGCUGGUGGUGGCUUAGGAGGUGGUGCAGGUGGUGGUCUAGGCGGAGGAGGUGGUCUUGGUGGAGGUGCUGGUGGUGGCUUAGGAGGUGGUGCAGGUGGUGGUCUUGGUGGAGGAGCUGGUGGUGGCUUAGGAGGUGGUGCAGGUGGUGGUCUUGGUGGAGGAGCUGGUGGUGGCUUAGGAGGUGGUGCAGGUGGUGGUCUUGGAGGUGGUGGUGGUCUAGGAGGAGGUGUUGGAGGUGGAGCUGGUGGUGGCAUUGGAGGAGGUGCUGGUGGUGGAGCAGGUGGAGGUAUUGGAGGAGGAGCCGGAGGGGGUGGAGGCAUUGGAGGAGGAGCUGGAGGGGGUGGAGGCAUUGGAGGAGGAGCCGGAGGAGGUGCUGGUGGAGGAGUCGGAGGAGGUGCUGGUGGUGGAGCUGGUGGAGGCAUUGGAGGAGGAGCCGGAGGAGGUGGUGGAAUUGGAGGAGGUGCUGGUGGUGGCAUUGGAGGAGGAGCCGGAGGAGGUGGUGGAAUUGGUGGUGGAGCAGGUGGUGGUGUAGGAGGUGGUUUUGGUGCAGGUGGAGGUGUUGGAGGUGGUAGUGGUGGUGGUGGUGGUGGAGGAGGAGGAGGAGGUGGUGGUGGAGGUGCAGGAGGAGGUUUUGGAGCAGGUGGAGGAUUUGGUGCUGGUGCUGGUGCUGGUAUUGGAGGUGGAGUUGGUGGUGGCGGUGGCUUUGGUGGUGGUGGCAGUGGCGGCAUUGGUGGUGGUCUUCAUUGA